UCUGCACUGUCUGGAUGGCUGCGCACGACCCCGCCCGCUCCCGUGACGCAGCGCAUCUCUUUACGCGCAGAUGCUGGAGUCGAAGCGACAGGCGCGCACAUCUCUUAGGGGCUGAGCGCAUCCACUACCGGACACGGUAGAGGGAAGAUCAGCCGGUGUGCAUCCGACAGGGAUCCCCCGGACAGCGGGGUAGAGCGGGGUAGGAUGCUCAGAACGAGUCGCUCCGUGGGCAGCAGUACUUGAAGAGCCGCGGUCCAUCCACUGGAGCGCUUUAAGAUUGAUCUCGAAUCAAUUCCUCUGGCUUUUAUAAGAAAUACCACCGUCCAGUUUAGUAUCUAGAACCAGUUUGAGGGUAGAUCGGGGUUUGGCUUGGACACGAUGUGGAAGUCCGGGACACUACUGCUACUGUCGGUGCUGUGGGCGUCCGGUGAACUCCAGCAGGAGACAGAGCCGCGGAGGCUACCACCUCCGGGAAAGUUGGAUUUUGGUUAUGUACCUGCGGGAGUUUACGAGACAUUGGCCCAUUACGAACCGGGACCCAUAGGGAUCCUCUUCCACUUGGUGCACGCUUUCCUGCAUGCGGUGCAACCCAACGCUUUCCCCCACGAUCUUAUUGUGAAGCUGGCAAAGGACAAGUUUGGAGCCAUUCAAACAGAAUAUCAAAAGCCAGAGAACAUAGUGCUGACCCUGCAGGCCAUCUACUAUGAGAUAGGCUUCCUCAUAUGUGCAGCGGUGGGCCUACUCUUCGCCAUCCUCAUGCCCGUUGUGGGGCUCUUCUUCUGCAUGUGCCGCUGCUGCGACAACUGCGGUGGUGAGAUGCACCAACGCCAGAGGAAGAACGCGGACUGCCGGCGCGGCCUGCUGGGAACGUUGCUCUUCUCCACCUCGCUGGUCAUCACGAUUGGAGUUCUGUGUGCGUAUGCAGCCAACCAGAACCUGAGCUCUCAGGUGAAGAACAUACGCCGUCUGGUUAACAGCAACAUGAGGGACCUGCAUACCUUUGCUAAUGACACACCAAUGCAAAUUGAUUACCUAAUAUCCCAAUACGCCACCGUCAAGAACAAAGUCAACUAUGACCUAGAUAACAUAGGUCCAUUACUCGGGGGAAGGAUACAUGUACGGUUAGAUAAAGAGGUCCAUCCUUCUUUAAACCAAGUGCUUAAUAUGGCUGGAGCCAUGAGGGAAACCAAGGAGGCCCUGGAGAACGUCAGUGUAUCUCUGGUGGUCUUACAGGAAGGAGCCGGAAAACUUCAUUUCAACUUGAGCCAAGUCUGCGACAGCAUCAACCGCACCCUCGAUGACCCCGGGUGUCAUGACGAGGAAUCGGACGCCACCACGGCUCAGCUUUGUCGCAGCAUCCGCCAGUCCCUCUCCCAGCUGCAGAUCAGUGCAAAUUUCACCCGGCUUCCUAAUGUGAACCCUCAGCUGGAAAAAAUGAAAAAUGUAGUGAAAACGGAUCUCAGCUCUGUUGUCCACAGGGGUUUUUCCUCUUUGAAUGACACACCGCACAUUGUGAUUGAACAGACAAGAAGCGUUGUCAACAGUGUCCAGAAUUUAGUGGACAGUGUCGGCAACAACAUCAGUAGCUUCUCCAAAGCUUUCCCCUUGCAGACCUGCUUGUCCAACUUCACCAUCUUCAUCAGCCAUGCACACGCCAAAAUCGAAGACUACUAUCCUGAAGUUGAUAAAAUGGACUUCUACAGAUGGAUCGGCUGUAUCGCUCUGUGCUGCAUGGUGGUUCUGGUUUUGGCCUUUAAUUAUUUGGGCCUUCUGUGCGGCACCCUGGGAUACGACAAGCAUGCCUCACCGACGACACGAGGAUGUAUCUCCAAUACAGGAGGAACACUGCUGAUGGCCGGUGUUGGAUUUAGCUUCAUUUUCUCCUGGAUGCUUAUGGGAGUGUUGACCACCAUCUUUCUGGCAGGAGGAAACAUGGAGAAACUUCUUUGUGAGCCAUUUCACACCAAAGAACUUUUCAAGGUCGUUGACACCCCAUACUUGAUCAACCCAGAGUGGAAGAAUUUCAUUCCAGGCUACAUGUACAAUGACUCUGAUCUGGAGCUGACAUCGGAAAGCUUGUACAGUACUUGCAAACAGAACAAAGGCAUCUACUCUGCGCUGCGUCUGGAUAAAGUCUUCAACAUCUCCUCGUUCCUGAACACCACAGUGUUCACUAAGGAUGUGGUGCGUCAGCUGGAGAACUUUCGGAUUGACCUGAGAACGAUAAUCCUGUUAGAAGCAGAGGGGAAGCAGAACCUCCUAGAUUUCUCUGAAGCUGGCUUAUCAGAGAUCAACUACGCUGACUACCUUGACGAGGUGAAUAAAGGAGUCACUGUGGUGGAUGUUCUUUCAUUCGCCAAAGAGCUGGAGUCCCAGACAGACCUGAUGCCCAGGGGACCUCUGCAGACAGCUCUGAAAGGCCAUGUGGCCACUCUGCAGCGGAUCCACAGACAACAGAUCACUCCAAUGGAGCAGGCCAUGAAAUAUGUUAGAGCAAGGAGUGCAUUGAACCAGAGUAUGAGAUUCCUGGAGAGGACAGCUUCUGACCUUCCGAACAAAGUCACAGAUGUUCUUGAGGCCAUUGAAGCUGCUCAGCACCUCAUCUCCCAGAAUGCAACACUUUUAAUCAAUCAGGAAACAAGAAAAUACUCAGCAACCAUUAUUGGCUAUUUCAAUCAGUACAUAGAAUGGGUCAAAACAUCAUUGGCUUUGGAGGUUGCACCAUGCAAGCCCUUCAGCAACAUCUUGGAUACGGCGCAGAUCAUGACCUGCAGUUUCCUGGUGGAUUCUAUGAACACUUUCUGGAUGGGCCUGGGCUGCAGCACAUUAUUCUUGCUCCCAAGCGUAAUACUAGCUGUGAAACUAGCCAAGUACUACCGCAGGAUGGACACAGAGGAUGUUUAUGAUGACUCCUCUGUUUCUGGGACUUGGCAUUUUACUUUGUGAUAACCAUUCCUACUAUUUCCAUCAUGUCAUAUUUUUCAUUUUAUUCAUUCUUCUUUGUCAAGCACUUGGCACUUUACAAAGAAAAGACACUGAUAAAUUAGUCAAUUCUUAUUUCUUCUUCAUGGGCCUUUUUCAUGUUCAGACUCUGUGGACUCAUGGCUUUAUCUACAGUAGUAGUAAUUGUAAUAUCUCAGCUGAUCAACUGCAUCUCCCUCUGUACAAUCAGUGCUGAAUUGCACAGAAGGACUUCUGAUGCAUUUCUUUUGCUGAAAAUCUCAAUAACAUUUUUAUGUUCCUGUUUUCUGUGUAUCUCCAUAGCGUUGAGACAAUUCCUAUGAAAAAGUAAGACGUUCUUCCCCAACCUCCUUUUCAUUUUAACUUCUCUCACUCUGUGCUUUUUUUUCCCAAGUAAUGUAUAUAGAAAGCUGUUUACUAAAUUCUUGGUGCUCGUUUGCAUUUUUGAGCUUCAAAAUUGCUCAUGUGGGUGAACGAUGUGGCUUUUUGUCAUGUGCUAUGUUUAAGAAGUGCCCCUUACAGUACCUUUCAUGAAGGGCUCUAGCAAUCAUUCAAGUGUUUUUUGUAAAAAUAAAUUGUGUAAAUAAAACACUAAGGUUUAUACUCAGAACAUAUUCAUCUCUUGAUAUUGUUAAAAGAUGUAUCCACAUAUAAAGGAAACAUUUUUAUUCAGCAUGUCGCAUUUCUCAUUUUUCAUUCCAUUUUUGUUCACGAUGUUUUAUUUUCAGUAUGGAAAUUGGUAAUAAUGGUUAUCAUAGUGAGAGUUCACAAGGUAUUCCUAAUCCUAUGAUGACAAGUGCCCUUGACAACUGGAAUUAAACAUCAUGCUCACUUGAGGAAUCUCAAAAUACGCUGGUUUCUUCACUUCAAAAGAAGAACACAGAAGGUCCUGCUUGUUCAAUGAUGCAGAUCAAAUUCUCCAGUUUGGUUUCUGCCGGCAGGACGCUCACCUUAUCAGCCCUCAGCAUCAAUCUGAGCCAGGUUUCAUCUACAUUUUCCAGGACUGUUGUGUCUGUGUUUACAUUUGUUUGGACGCAAAACCAAGCUGAAAAAGCCCUUCAGAGGACAUAACAUUGACUGUUGUGUUUGCUCGUUUUAUGAACUUUGUGCUCAAGAAAAGAGAAGCUGGAGAAAGUUAUAUUUUCUUCCUGCAGUUAAAAAGGGUGUUGCACUUUCAAAGUGAGUGUCAAAAGACAGGUUUCAUAAAGAUCUGAUUGUUUUGUUGAAAAAAUGCAUCCUUUUUAACUGAAACACAAGUGAGCUCAUGGAUGUGAGAUAUUUUAUCUGUUGAGAAAAGGCUUGUGUGAACAGUGGUAUAACAACUUGUGGAGAGAAUUUGUAAGAAAACGAAGCAUGACUUUUUUUUAUAGCUGUUUACAAUAUUUUCAUACAUGUUGGUGGUCUUGUUAAUUUUAGGUGGCUAUGGGUCAAUUUCCCUCUUUGACAAUUCAUAACCUCAUUCAAAUUUAGCCAUUUUGUCCCCAAAUUCUUCAAUAUAUUACCUAUAAAUCCCACUACUUGUAUCCUGUUGUUCAAAUCUCAGGAAUAGUUCAAUAACAAAGAUGCAAUUUUAUUUCUUAAAAAAAUUAUAUUGCACCCUUUUUUCAUUGGUUUUGACUCUGAUAUCUACUUGAACCUGUCCCACUGGAGUCACAUGACAAAAAAGAUUUUUUACAGUAGAAGCAAAAUACCAAAAAUGAUUUUAACUCAAUGGUCAAAUUGGGUAUGAAAUGUCCCCUGACUGAAUUUUGGUAUGCAACAUCUGUCAUUGGAUGUUGCAUACCAACAUUUGUUGCAUAACAACAACAGAUGUUGCUGUUGUUGGUAUGCAAUAACUAUUCAGCGUGAAAAAGGCAAAACUGGAAAAGUAUGAAAUGACAAAGGGGCAACAUGACCCACCUGUAUGUGAGAAUCACUGAAGAGGACUGUCUGCCUUUGGGAUGUUUUACCAUAACAUUACAGUUAAAAAAGGCCAUAUCACUAUGUUAAAUAUAAACAAUCUAGGAACUGACAGCAUUAAAAUGCCCUUUCUGUACCAUUUAAACUUGUGUCAGGUGUUAACAUUUAGCAUUAUUUGUAAUUCAGAGUGGUAAGUUGUUCUAAAGCGAUUCUUCUACUUGGAGUUUUAAAUACCAAAUCUCAGAAUUAUUUUGAAGAGUGGGUUUAGAAAAAAAACACAAAUUCUUGAAGCAAGGGACACAUAUGAUCAGUCAUCUUCCUUUGUUAUGGUAAAAAAGCCCCAUCACAACCACACAGUAACACCAAAUGACAAAUUCUUACCAAAUGCAUAGCUGAUGUGUUUUGGUUGAACUAUCCAUAUAAAUAAUACAGUACAGUUGGAGAAUAAUAGUAAAAAUAACAUCUACUUCUAUUUCCUCUAUGUACCACAUGCGUUUAUUUUCAGGCCUUUCCUGCUUUAUGGUACUCAUAAUUUUAAAGUGGAAAGUUAACUCAAGCCAAAUCCCAUAUUUUUAAAUAGUCUUUCUGUGGCACACUUUUUGCCCUUCGCCUGCUUUUUUGUUAAACAGUUCUUCUACUUCUGAAUACAUGGAACUUUUGAAUGUGUUCAUUCAUUAAUCGUUGUUAUAUGUAGAGGUUGAGCGAGAAAUAUGCUGAUAUUGUUACAUCAGGGAGGCCAAUCAACAUAUCCUAUAUCUCAUAUUUCUAUAUAGAUGCUUUCUCCAGUGAGAGCUUAGACAAUCAAUUUAUGGGACAAAUGAGCAUCAUCAAUCAGAUUGUUAAAAGAAGUAUUUUUCAUGGUUUGCACAGAUCUGAUUUAUGUGGACUGUGAAAAAAGCAAUACCUGCCUUAGCAACCAAAACUUGGAUUUUGUUCGUCACUGUCAAUGCACAAUAACUAUAAACAUUUACCAGGUAGUAGAUUAUGUAAUAUGCAUAUAUGAAGACUAACAAAAGUCAGUUUUUAUGUGAAUCAAA